CUAUUAACGGCGCGGCAGGCCAAGUUGAAAGAGAACGAAAGACCGAGAUGACACUGGUUGCUGCCUAUUUCAUAGCAUUUGCGGCGUAAAGCCCUCUACAUGGUCACUGCGGCAAAUGCUCAGCGCGCCGGCCUCGAACCACUUCCGAGUAUUGGAUAAUACGACAGCUGACACUCCGUGGCGUGAGGCUAAAAGAAAAUUGCUGAGCGUACAGCCUUUAUAAAGCGCCGAAAGACACAAUUCAGGACUCAGUCACAUAGAAUCUACCUCACACCAACAAUCGACAUGGUAUUUACCACGGCACUGCUCACCAUCUUCCUGCGGAUCAGCUCAUCCGCAGCCGAGCCAAUUCCAGCUAUUCAGUAUCUCCCACGAGUCCUGGUCGCAUCGCCAGACAACACCUGCGGCGGCACCACAGGGUAUACAUGCGUAGGCUCUCAGGCAGGCAACUGUUGCAGCUCUUCGGGAUGGUGCGGAAAGACUGAUGCCUACUGUAACACUUCCGCGGGCUGCCAAACGUCGUUUGGCAAGUGCGUGAGCACAACCAUCUCGCCGGACGGUACCUGCGGUGGCGCGAAUGGAUAUCGGUGCCACGAAGGCGAGUGCUGCAGUUCUGACGGUUUUUGUGGGACGGAAGCAAAGUAUUGCAAUAUCGAUACUUGCCAACCUGAAUUUGGCAACUGCGGCUUCCCUUCGUAUCCACAAAUCUCGCCUGAUGGUACUUGCGGCGGUGAGAAUGGAUAUGAUUGCACCAGCUCGGGAUUUGGAGAUUGCUGUAGUUCGUCUGGAUAUUGUGGAGACUCAACCGCAUUUUGUGCUCAGGGAUGUCAAUCGGCAUUUUCUGCCAGCUGCUUGACCACCAACAUUCCCACCUUGAACGGUGCUUGUGGAGCGAAGAAAGGCGGCUACAUCUGCGCCGGCGGCAGGUACGAAGGACAAUGCUGCUCUUCUGAUGGCUUCUGCGGUUCUUCCUUUAUAUACUGUGGGACAGGAUGCCAAACCGGGUUUGGGAAAUGCACAUGAUGCGGUGGAUGGCAUUGAGCUCAGGAUGGCAUGCCGCGGAGGAUUUUCUGAUAGAAAUCACAUAGUAUAGUUGCAAUCAAACGCC